AUGUCCAGCGACCCGGAUAAUCCGACUGUGUUCGAUUCCAAUCCGACUGUAGAAGAAGCUAUUUCUAGUUCCUACGGCUACUCUAGUUCCCGCUCCGCCCCGCCGCCGCCGGUCCCCAUCGACCUCGAAUUUGAACUCCUUAUCCUUAUCCUCAUUGAGUAA